AGUUAUUGUCUGCCCCUUGUCUUUAGUGAACUCACUUGUUCGAUUUGCAAAGGAGCCCCAGAUGUUUGCAAUCAAAUUCAAUGAUGGAUGUCCUGUCCAUGUGUAUGCAAGCACCUCAAGAAAUAGUCUACUUGCAGCAGUUCAUAAUGUAUUGCAAACAGAAUGCCAGUGUGCAGUUCCUGUUUUGCCAAGGCUGACAAUGUCUGCUCAUCCCAUUGAUCCUCCUUGUGGAAGAGUUUGUCUACCUUUUGGUCAUCAGCACCCCACUGUUGAUAUGGAAAUUGUUUCCAUGCAUGUGAAACAUUUAGCUGCUGCUUCCAAAGAUGCUGUUGUUGAAGGUGGUUCUAUUCCUGGUUCAAGAGCUAAGCUAUGGCAUAGAAUAAGGGAGUUCAAUGCAUGUAUGCUAUUUACUGGAGUGCCUUCUAAUAUUGAAGUGCCCAAGGUGAUUUUAAUGGCCUUGAUUACAAUGCUUCCAGCAACGCCAAAUCUUCCACCAGAGUCCCCUCCCAUGCCGCCUCCUUCACCUAAAGCAGCUGCAACAGUGACGGGUUUCAUUGCUUGUUUAUGUAGAUUAUUGGCUUCUAAAAGGGCAGCUUCACUUGUUAUAUCCUUUCCUGCUGCUGUUGGAAGAAUAAUGGCCUUACUUAGAAAUGCUUCUGAGGGUGUAGCUGCUGAAACUGUUGGACUUGUUGCAAACACUUGUUGGUGGUGGUUCUGGGGAUACAAAUAUAUUGACAGAUUCUAAAGGAAAGCGACGUGCUACAAUCAUGCAGAUGAAGUCUGUAUUGUUUUCUAAUCAUGGUUAUGCCACUAUAUUUUGAAAUAUAUCUUGAGGAUAUUA